CUACAAUAUAUAACAAACAGUUUGAAUGCACUAUUUGUGUUGGUUUGUAACCUUCGCUUAGAUUUAACUUCCUGUUUUUAUCAAACACGUGUUUUCGCGAAAAUAGUAAACAAUAAUAAAUUGUGUGCAUAUAAACACAAUGCCGAAGUCGAAAAGAGAUAAGAAGGUUUCACUUACACAGACAAGAAAGAAGGGAUUGGAGUUAAAACAGAAGCUGAUUGAAGAUAUUCGGGACAAUGUGGACAAGUAUGCAAGAAUUUUCACGUUUUCUGUACACAACAUGAGGAACACCUACUUGAAAGACGUCCGCCAAGACUGGAAACACAGCAGAUUUUAUUUUGGAAAGAACAAAGUCAUGUCAUUAGCCUUGGGCCGUACGAGUUCUGACGAAUAUCGUGAAAACCUUCACAAGAUCUGCAAGCAUUUACAAGGCCAGACUGGACUGCUGUUUACAAACAAAACUAAGGAGGAGGUUCUGAAAUAUUUCUCCGCAUUCAAGAAGGCUGACUAUGCACGGUCAGGGGUGGUUGCUGAGCAGGAAGUCACUCUGGAGGAAGGCGCGCUGCCUGAGUUCACACACUCCAUGGAACCCCAGCUACGAGGGCUUGGGCUGCCCACUGCGCUCAAGAAAGGGGUUAUUCACCUUCUCAAAGAACACAAAGUGUGUGACCUGGGUCAAGUGUUGACCCCAGAACAGGCUCGGAUACUGAAACUGUUUGGCUACAAGAUGUCAGAAUUCAAGGUCACCAUGGAGAACAUGUGGUCCAAUGAUGGAACGUUCGAGCUCCUACAGGAAUCAGUAGAAACUAACACACCCACAAAAGUUAUAGUGCGUCCCGCCAAAAAGUCUAAAGCUGAAAUUGAAGCUAUGGAAGCAGAAGAUGAUGAUGAAGAGGAUGUGGAUGAUAUUGAUGAAGAUGAUGAAAUUAUAAAUGAUGUUAGUUUUAACAGUUUUAGUUUUAAUUUUCAUAUAAAGGAUUCUUUGACUGUUCAUUAAUGUAACUCGGCAGAG